AUGGCGCCAGCAGACGACGGAAAGGGCCCCGUAGAUCAAGGCGGGGAAUACUACGAUCUCGGCUCGUAUCGAAGACAGAUCACCACCAGUAGUGACGAAGCGCAGAGCUGGUUCAACAGGGGUUUUCUCUGGAGCUAUGGAUUCAACCAUGAAGAGGCAGUUGACUGUUUUGAGAAGGCCAUUGCCUGUGAUCCCAAUUGCACGAUGGCCUACUGGGGCGUAGCCUAUGCAUUGGGCCCAAACUACAACAAACCCUGGGAGUUCUUUGAUGCGACGGAGCUGGAGACGACAGUCCAGAGAACCCACCGCAUGGUGUCAGAGGCCUUCAGGACAGCUGAAUCAUCGUCCCCUGUGGAGAAGUCGUUGGCACAAGCUCUGUUGCACAGAUAUCCGGAGAGUCCGGAUAAGGACAUGUCGAUAUGGAAUCAAUCGUACGCAGACGCAAUGGAGAAGGUGCACCGAGCGUUCCCGGAGGACUUGGAUGUUGCAGCUCUUUAUGCAGAUGCACUGAUGAAUCUUACGCCGUGGCAAUUAUGGGACCUGCAAACCGGCCAACCGGCUUCUGGAGCGCGUACGGUGGAUGCGAAGGCAGUACUGGACGGUGCUCUGUCCCAGCCUCGGGGCUCAGAGCACCCUGGGCUACUACAUCUAUACAUCCAUCUGAUGGAGAUGUCACCAACCCCUGAAGCGGCAAAGCCCGCCGCCGACCAGCUUCGGCUCCUGGUCCCCGACGGCGGGCAUCUCAACCACAUGCCCACCCACAUCGACAUGCUCAUUGGCGACUAUGAGUCCGGCAUCUCGUCGAACCAGCGGGCUAUAGCAGCCGAUGAGAAAUUCCUUGCCCGCGCGGGCCCGCUCAACUUCUAUACCCUGUACCGGAUGCACGACUACCACUUCUGCAUCUACGCCGCCAUGUUCGCGGCGCAGUCCCAGGUCGCUCUGGAGACGGUCUCGCGUAUGGAGCGCUCGCUCUCGGACGAGUUGCUCCGGGUCGAGUCGCCGCCUAUGGCCGACUGGCUCGAGGGUUUUCUCGCCAUGCGGGUGCAUGCGCUGAUACGGUUCGGGCGCUGGCAAGACAUUAUCGACCUGUCGUUGCCUAGCGACCAGGAGCUCUACUGCGUGACGACGGCCAUGGCCCAUUACGCAAAGGCUGUGGCGUAUGCGGCAGUUGGUGACAUUGACCGCGCCGGAGAGGAGCGAGACACCUUCUUACAGGCCCGCAAGGUCGUCCCCGAGUCCCGGAUGCUGUUUAACAACAAAUGUGUUGAUAUCCUGAAUGUUGCGGAGGCAAUGAUGGAUGGCGAGAUCCAAUACCGCCGCGGAGACUAUGAAGGCGCGUUCGCGCAUCUGAGAGAAGCCAUCGCGCGAGACGACGGGUUGCCUUAUGAUGAGCCCUGGGGCUGGAUGCAGCCGACGCGGCAUGCAUACGGCGCACUCCUGAUGGAGCAGGGCCACCUAGAUAAGGCAGCUGCGGUAUAUGCGGAAGACUUGGGCAUUGAUGGCAAGCUACCCCGUGCCCUGCGACACCCCAACAAUGUCUGGUCGCUUCAUGGGUAUCACGAAUGCAUGGUAAAACUUGGGCGUGUAAGUGAAGCCGCCAAGGUUGCGCCGCAGUUAGAGGCAGCGAUCAAGAGAGCAGAUAUCCCGAUCAAGGCGUCCUGUUAUUGCCGCCUUAGUGCACUGCAAGAUGUUUAG